AUGCUAGGUGCCCAACCCUUAGGAAACUCUACAACCUUCGUCAACGGCGUCGCCCUCAAUGAAACCGCAUUAAGGCUCUGGAACUACACGCUUUACAGUAACGGCACACUGUCCAACGGCUCGCACUGCUUCCUCGCGUUCGGCGCCCACAAGCCCAUCGUUUCUGGGGAUGGAUCCGUCGCCAACACAACUUCAUGCUACGCGCCCAUCAAUCCUAUCGAGGCUCGAGGCAUCACGGGACUUGUGUUCGGGUCUCUAUUUGCCGUGACAAUCCUAUUCUCCACAAUCAAUCUGAGGAAGCACGGCCGUGCAUAUCUGCCCCGAGAGAAAGGAUGGAAACCCGUCGGGAGACGUUGGCCGUGGUACUGGACUCUGAUCGUCGCGGCGUGUGGCAUCUUGAGCUCUUUCACCGCUGUCGAUGUUGACAGAGAUUACAUCGUGAACACGCCCAUAAUCCUUCAAUGCUUCUUUCUGACCCUCAUGGUCCCGGUGUUGUUAGCUUGUGUCUGGGAGGCUGUCAGAUACUGGAGCUCAUGUCAUCAUCGUCGGCUUCGGGAGGCCGAAUCUUUUGCAUAUUCAGCAAACGUAUUCCAGAAUAGAACCAAUUUCUACCUUCCCUUACUCUUCUACGCCUUCGACAGCCUGGUAUUCUUCAUGCUCAUUCCCCGAUCUUGGUCAUUUGCUCAGAGACAGCGGUCCGAUAUGCAGACUCUACAAUCAGCCAGACCUGCGGCGCUCGAUGCUCGGUUCAAGCUAGCUUCCGUCCUCGCAACAAUCUGCCUCGGGCUUGUUAUCUUUCGAUUAGCCUAUAGUAGCAGGGCUUACAGAGCCAAAAUCCCGAUGACCCUCCUACUCGUCACCGUCUCUGUUGGCUUCCGCAUUGCAUAUAUGCUUGCAGGGUCCUGGGUUUGGGAACUAUCGCCAUAUCGUCGAGAAGUAAGCGUUGGUUUGCUGUACGGACUCGGGUACACCCCAGGUCUGUUCAUUCUUGUGCUCCUCAAUAUUCACGGAUACAUCGAUGAAAAUGAAGACAAGCUAUUGAUCGCCCAGCGCGCGCUGAGAGGCGGAGAACUGGGCGACGGGCUUGAUAUUGCCAUGCAAUCUCUUCAGAAUCGCAAUCGAAGCCCCAAGAACAGACCGCCAGCCUGGUGGUUCAGGUCUCGGAAUCCCUUCGCAUCACCAAGCGGUGUCUUCAAAAUGCCCACCGCCUCCCGACGACUUCCGUUACAAGACGUCUCUCGACCAGUGUAUACGAACCGAGCAGAAGAACAGGAUGAAAGUGGAUACUUUUGGUGGCAGCGGCGGAGACGGGAAGAAGAUGCCAGGUAUAGGAAACCAAGGCAAAGUGCGUACAGUAAUAGGGAGGUGGGCGACUCUGCGGUAACAGAAGGCGAUACUAGAGGUAUCGGGCCGCGAUUGGGGGAGCGAGAUUCCUCACUGCCCCCUCCGAAGUACCAGAGAGAAACACCGUCCAACUACAGCCAAGACGGUCGGUUACAGCAUACCUCGUCCACUCACUCGCUCCAAUCACCGCCUCAGGUGGUCCGGAGUAUGCUCGACGUUUGA